AUGAUAAAGCUUGGCAACAUUACCAAAGCGUUAAAUGGUCUGGGCACAAUAUGGUUACGCUGCCCACUCGCUGUAGCCAAAGCGGUUACGAAGAAUAGAAGAAUAAGAAUAGGAUGGACUAUGGCUCGGGUGGAGCUGUUACCAGCAAGACCUACACAAUGUUAUCGAUGUUUAGAAAAUGGACACGUCAGGAGCCAGUGCCAAAACGAGCAAGAUAGGGGAGCAACCUGCUAUAGGUGUGGACAGGGUGGACACGUGGCGAAGGACUGCCUUGCGCAGGUCCACUGCAUGAUAUGCUCGGAUAGGAAUCUCAGAGCGGACCAUAGAAUGGGGGGCCCGGCAUGCAAGCCUCCUCCAUUGAAGAAGAGAGACAACAGAGUAAGUAAAAACAGGGGAAACAUACAAUCUCAAAACUACUUGGAGAAGGAAAAAAAUUCAACAAAUAUGGAAUUGGAAGCUACAAGAGAAGAAAACCCUGUAAAUAUCAGGGAGCUAAGAGAGGAAAGAGAAACUAGUGUAGUUAGACAUAUGGCUGAAUGUAGUGUCAACGAGAGGCUGGACACGGAAAAAACCACACAGGAGGAAUCAAUGGAAAUGGAUACGGAGAUGGAUAUCGGUGGAGUUAUGGAUAACGGACACCCAAAAACCCACAACAACAACAACAAUGGAAGAAGAAUGGCCAAAAAUGGGUCACGACUGGAUAAAUGA